AUUCGCGAAGGUUCCUGAAGCGGAACCGGCCGUUUCCGGAAGCCGGCAGCCGCCCCAGCCGUCAGACCGGUCGUUGCGCCAGUGGGGUUGUAAGCGCAUCCUCUUGCUCGUCCCUGUGUUUGAAUCCGACCCGUAACGGUGGGGAAAGAAAAUGGCCCUGCUGUGCUACAACCGGGGCUGCGGUCAGCGCUUCGACCCCGAGACCAACUCCGACGAUGCUUGCACAUACCACCCAGGUGUUCCAGUCUUCCAUGAUGCCUUAAAGGGUUGGUCUUGCUGUAAGAGAAGAACAACUGAUUUUUCUGAUUUUUUAAGCAUUGCAGGCUGUACGAAAGGUAGGCAUAAUAGUGAGAAACCACCUGAGCCAGUCAAACCUGAAGUCAAGACUACUGAGAAGAAAGAACUUUCUGAAUUGAAGCCUAAGUUUCAGGAGCACAUCAUUCAAGCCCCUAAACCAGUAGAAGCAAUAAAAAGGCCAAGCCCAGAUGAACCAAUGACAAACUUGGAAUUAAAAAUAUCUGCCUCCCUAAAACAAGCACUUGAUAAACUUAAACUGUCAUCAGGGAAUGAAGAAAAUAAAAAAGAAGAGGACAGUGAUGAAAUUAAGAUUGGGACCUCAUGUAAAAAUGGAGGGUGUUCAAAGACAUAUCAAGGUCUGCAGAGUCUAGAUGAAGUCUGUGUAUAUCAUUCUGGAGUACCUAUUUUUCAUGAAGGGAUGAAAUACUGGAGCUGUUGUAGAAGAAAAACUUCGGAUUUCAAUACAUUCUUAGCCCAGGAGGGCUGUACAACAGGGAAACACGUGUGGACUAAGAAGGAUGCUGGGAAAAAAGUCGUUCCAUGUAGACAUGACUGGCAUCAGACUGGAGGUGAAGUCACCAUUUCAGUAUAUGCUAAAAAUUCACUCCCAGAACUUAGCCAAGUAGUAGCAAAUAGUACAUUGUUAAAUGUGCAUAUUGUAUUUGAAGGAGAGAAAGAAUUUCAUCAAAAUGUGAAAUUAUGGGGUGUGAUUGAUGUAACACGAAGUUAUGUAACUAUGACUGCAACAAAGAUUGAGAUCACCAUGAGAAAAGCUGAGCCUAUGCAGUGGGCAAGCCUUGAACUGCCUGCAACCAAAAAGCAGGAAGAACAAAAAGAAGAUUCAACAGAAUGAGUUGACGGGGGAAAAAAUGAUUGCCUAUUUCAGAAUUCUUAGUAUGUGGUAAAAUGUUGGCUUGCUGCUGUAAUCUUUGUUGUUGCUGUUGUUGUCGUCAUUGUUGUUGAGUCUGGCAUUUCAGGGUCAACGGUAGGUUCUUAAAAGCCAAAGUCAGGUUAUCAUUUUGUGCCUCCCAUCUUUUUGAGUUACCUAAGGUUGAUUAUUCGUUUCUCCUCACUUGAUAGAACUGUAGUUGUGUCCUGUACUUGAAAAGCUAGAAAACAGCAGUUUCAGUAUUUCUUGGUAUGAUAUUAUGUUUAGCAGACAAGUGUAAAGGAACAUUUGUUUGGUUCACAUCUGUUCCUAUUAUCCCAUAAUUAGUAAAGCCAAGAUGGAAUAUCCGAUUUUUAAUUAGUUUUUUCCAUGAGUUUGUGUUCCUAUAAUACUUGAAAAUCUUUAAGGAAGACAUGAAGCUCUGCAUUGCCUUCUCGGGAAGGUUACUUGCUUUAGAAGGAUUAAUUCUGAGGUAGUGUAGUUUUACUAGUUAAAGAGGACAUAUAUACAUUGAUUAACAAAUUGGAAUUUGUUUGCAACUAAUUAAAACAUCAUAUCAGUACCUUUAUUACUUGCUAAGCCUAUGAUAUAAAUGUAUCAGAAACAUUAUAAAUAAGAGUAGAGAGGUAUCAAUUUGGUUAAAAUUUGCUGUUAAGACCAAGCAAUAAUGUUAACCAUUUCUUUUCUGAUUUUUGUAUAAGGUCUUUGUAUGGUGUUAUGACUAAAUUGUACUUGAUUUGUAGCCUACACCCUCUUAAAAUCUUUAAUUAGUUACAUGUAAAGAGAAAUAUAUCUAUAAUUUUCCACCUCUGAAGGAAAACUGUAUCUAUAAAACUGUAGACUUAAAGGCUUAUGGAAAUACAUUAGAGUAUCAAAAAACUAAAUAUUUAAGCUUUGCUUUAUGAGAAAUACCUAUUACAUGUUAACUAAAGUAGCUUAAUUCUUUUGGAGUUUUUUUAGGCUUUCAUAAACAGCUUGACAAUUCUAGGUGAUACGAUGUUGAUUAUAUAUUAUACUUCAUUAGAUACAGGUAUCACGGACUUAGAUUGUUUAUGCCAAUUGAACCCAUUAAAGGAUAAUUUACUUUUUGAGGCAGUGCAGAGUUCACCAAGAAAACUAAAAUUAAGAAAUGUUAUGAAGGCCAGAACUUUGGCACAGUUUAAGCAUUUUGGGUGUGAAUUAUGCUUAUGUAGAUUAAAAUGAUUAUUUCCCAAUCCCCUUGAGUGUUUUUCUUUUGUUCUUACAAAGAAAAAUUUACAAAAGUACCGUUUUUGAAGUAUAGGUUAAUAGAGGGUUAGGAUAUCUUACUCCACUACCCUUAGCAAAUAACUACUGAAGGUGGUUAUAUAAUUACUGAAUGAUUUAGCACUGUUACAAAUAAAGAUGAAAAAUCUGGCAACCAGGCUUUCAUGACACAUGGUAUUAAUGAAAUACCAUGGCCAGAAAUUUUUGGCAGUACAGUUGGGACAAAAAUAGAGCAUAUACAACUUGGGGUUGUAUUUAAAUUUUUAAAAAUUAUCUUUUGUAAUUUUGGAACUUGGGUUUAUUUGAAGACAUGAAAUCUUAUUUAUUAAAGGGAAAGGUUGAUACUUGAUUUGACUUGAGAUAAUGAUUAAUAUACCUUUGUUAAUGUUUUCUUCUUGAGGCUAUUUUUCCCUAAACGAUAUCUUAAUAUGUUACAUGCAAUUGAGCUAUUAUUCAAAGCAAGUGGAUUAGUCACCCAAGAGUUAGUUACAGAGUACUGACACUGUGUGUGUGUGUGUGUGUGUGUGUGUGUGUGUGUGUGUGUGAGAGUGAGAGAGAGAGAGAGAGAGAGAGAGAGAGAGAGAAUAGUCUGGUUACAUUAGUGACCAUUCUAUUUCCUUUCUUAUUCGUAUGAACAUCUGAUUUGUUACCCAAAUAAAAAUCUAAAUGAUAUUUUUAUCUUAGACUCAUACAUAAAGGGACACAGUUAUAAUUAAGUAGAAUAUGUUUUAUCUGUCAAAAAAUUUUAUUGAGUUUAUUUGUUUCUCUGGAAAUAUACUUUAUCUUUCUCAGCAUUCAAAAAAUUAGCAAAGCAGUCAAAACUAACUUUAUUAUGCACUUGGUAACUAACAGUUAAACUCAACAUGGGAGAUAGUACUAUUUUUCUUACUUAGCACAUUUGCUAGUAUAGAGAUAGUAAGUUACUAAGAGUUGAGCUUUUAUUUUUUUUUAACUUCUUGAAAAUAAUUUUAGAUUUAUAGAAGAAUUGCAAAAAAAGUAUUUAUAUAAGUCUUUAUACCCUAUAUUAAGCUUCCCCUUAUAUUAAAAUCUUACGUGACCAUAGAACUUGUACAAAACUAAGAAUUAACCUUGGUACAAUGCUAUUACUUAAAGUAGAACAUUGAUUUUGACCGUCUUUUAUUUAGUGGAACACUUGAAAGGGUAGUUCUUAAAACCUAUCCUAGUUUGUUUUGUGAUCAUUUUAGCCAGUAAUUUAUAAACCAUUGUAAAUAUAAGUUGAAAUCCUCUUACCAUAGAGAAAUGUUUAUAUAGGUCAGCUAUGUAAUUUCUUGUUGUACCUGUAUACUGGCAAAGACUAAUGAUCAGUUUUACUAUAAUUUUAUCCUAGAGUUGUUUUGUUUUUUUUUUUUUCCUGGAGAUUUUCAUUCUUAUAACUUGGUUUUUUAGAUAAUUCUUUAACCAUCUAAGGGUGAAGAGAAUCUUAAAGAGUUCUUGCAAAUAUUUUAAGAUGACUUUGGGUUAUUGCUCUCACCCAUUGCUUUUUAAAAAAGAAGUCAGCCAUUCCACAACCCAAAAAGGCAUACAUGCAUACACCCACAGUAAAUUUUUAAAAGCUCAUUAAGGAGUGCUGGUAUCCGUUUAGGGCAUUUGGGUAUGUACUCUAACUUUCUUUUUAACAGCAAUGUAUUUUUAAGUUGUCAACAUAAACAGAGUUUGGUUCAUUUCAUAGCAAGUUAUUUUGAUCUGGCAUUUAUAUUUGGUAUUUUUAUUCUUUGCCUUUAUCAUAGUUCUAUGGCGUCAGUUCUGAAAUGGAAGCUUAGUCUGUUUCUAGGUUUUGUUAAUAGGGUUUCCCUUCAUUUAUUUUCAUUGUUGGGUAAAUAGGAAGUUGAAUUUUUUUUUUUUUAAACCUGUUUCCUUACUGCUUAAGUAUUUUACAACUUACGGAGUUGUUGCAUGAUUUGCCUUUUUUAAUGUAGGUAUAGAUGCCUGGGGCUCUGUAUAGGUGGUAUUAUCUCUAAAGUACUGAGCUUCCUGUGUUUUUCUUCUGCAUAGUUAUUUUUCUUUAAUUUUUUUUAAUGUUUAUUUUUGAAAGAGAUACAGAGUGCGAGUGGGGAGGGGUAGAGAGAGGGAGACACAGAAUCUGAAGCAGGCUCCAGGCUCCGAGUUAUCAGCAC